AUGGCAGCCAGGAAGGAGGCGGUGGGGAAGGGGCUGGCCCGCCAACGCUCCGCCUCCGCCAGGCCGGGGUACAAGAUGGCGGCGGUGCUCUCCGGCGGGUCGCGGCGGGCGAUGCGGGCGGUGGUACGGCGCUCGGUGGUUCGCCUGUCCGCCUCGGGCUGCCGCGGCUGUAUGGCCGCAGGUAAACGGUAUCUGCUAACAGAAGAUAAUAUAAAGUUACAAGAAUUUCAGCAGGCAAAAGAGGCAAUUAGAAAUGAAUUCCAUGGCAAUAAAGAUCCAUAUUUCAAAAAUAUUAAAGAAAAAUUAAAGGAAAAUAGAAUUAUUCUCAAAAAUGAAUUAAAAAUUUUACUGCACUUAUGUCAGACUUCAUCUGAUGUGGAGCUAGCCAAAAAAGUUAUUUACAGUCUUUCUAAUAGGUACCAUGAACAGAGUGGAAUCACAGACAUGCAUGGUUUUAAAUUUGGGCCCCUCUUUAUGAGGUUAUGUUUUGAGCUAGACCUUGAAACUCCUGCAGUAGAACUUAUCAAAGAUCAGAGUUUGCAUGGUUUUUUCUCAGAGAGUACAUCCUUCCAUAUUUUGAUGACUAUGUUGUUUAAAAAGGGUCAUUACAAAAGUGCCUUGGAAGUCCUAGCAGAAAUGAAAACACAAGGAAUACCUUUCAACAAAGAAACCUAUUUACUGGCAUUUGCAGUAUGCUACAAAUUGGGCAGCCUGGAGUCUUGCAAAAUCUCUGCAAAACUGCUUGAAGAAGCACAGCUAAAAGGUGACACAUUACCACUGCGAGCAUUCUACUUUGCUGCGGCAUCUGCUCUGAAGCAGGAUGAUAUAGCACAAGCCCAAUUUUAUUGUUCUCAGAUAAGGAAAACAGAGAAUAAACUAUACAGUAAUCUUAAAGUUCUUGUCCAGCUCAGAUCUGGUUUGCUAGAAGAGGUAAUAAAGACUUUAGAGGCAGCAAUGGACGUAGAUACUCCUUUUGUGAAAAAAAUCGAAUUUUCUGAGCAAGUGCUGGCCACAGCCAGGGAAGAGAUGGAAAAAAACCCUGACUUUUCUGCCAAAUUAAGAGAUAUUUAUACCAAACUACAAGCUUCAGGACGGAUAACCACAUGCACGCUGGAAGACAUGCUUUUCCAGAUUCCUAGUUCAAAGAAGAUUCCAACAAAACUUUUAAAUAAAAAACAAUUGAGUUAUCAGGCUGCUAAACUGCUUCGAUCAAAUCUACUGUUGGAAUAGCUCAAUAUUUAUUGCUAAACUGAACUAAUGUCACCUAGAAGCAUGUUUGAAUAAAAUGUCUUCUUCCCUUC